AGGGUGGAGGAGCCCAGAGGGCUCCAGGGUCAGGGAAGGGCCUGAGGACCCCUUGAGGUCCUGAUCCGACCACCCCUGGGUGCUCAGCACCUGCAGAACCUUCUGGGUCUUGUGGCCGUUCCCCUCUACCACCCAUCCAAAGCCUUCCAUGAAUGACAAGAUUUUGCAUCAAAAAGUAUUUAAAAGAAGAAAAGAGGCGCAGUAGGAAGGGGGACUUGGAAAAUAUUACAGCUGUGGGGGCUUGUUCUUUUUGCUGUGGUAUUUAGAGACCUGCAGAGGUGAAAAAACUCUUGAAGACGUGCAAAUGAGAACGCUUUGAGUGGCCGGCGUGCAAAGCAAUGCUGUGCAUGGCUGCACGGCUUCCUGCCGCGCUGUGCGGAGCGGGUGAGGAGUCGAGGGGAUGCUCAGUGCUGUUUGCUCCCUGCCCAGCACAUGGGAACAGGGAGUCACCCAACCUCAGUGUCGCCUUGUCCCCGUGCUGCCCAUGUCCCUGCUGUGUCCUGGUUCCCAUCUGGGUGCUUCCAGACCCAUCUCUAAAGAUGUUUCCAAAUGCAACCUGGGCAGUGAAGCCAUCCGGCUGCAGAGCUGGCGGUGCGCAGCGCUUUCCCCUUAGUGAUACCAAAAGGGAAAGGGGAAAAAACAACAACCAAAAGAAAAAAAAGAAAGAAAUCCUGGCAGAUUCUGAGGCUGGGAAGGGGGAAGGACCACAUCUCCCAUUGCCUGGGUCCACUCCCUGUGCCCGUUCCUCGGUGGGUCUUCAAUAAUUCCAACGUGCCAAUGAGGUCGUUCCCCACCCAAUAAAUCCUGUGGUCCCGAAGGUCCACCUGAUGGUCAUUUUGAUUUUUCCCCUAAUUAAAGCAUCAUGUUGCUCGUCCCAUCAAAGAAACCAAUGCUGGAAGCAUUGCUGUGGACCUGCACCAGUUGAUGCCCUGGGAAGGCUCUUGGUGUUGCUUUGGGUUAUUUGUUUGGCUCCUGUGCUGCUGCCAAGCGCGUAGUGCAUGUGUUACAUCUUUGGGGUGAAUAUGGGUACAUUGGAUGUGAUUUAAUGCCUCCAGAGCUGUGCUGUGAGGCUCAUUGCCCCCAUCUGGAUGUGGGGUGCUGGCAGCAGGGGGAGGUCCCGGCUGAGCCCCUGUACUGGAGAGGGGGGAGGCAGGAAGGCACCUCGUGGCGGUGAUGUGGCCCUCUGCCAUCUUGUAUGCAACCAGAGCAGCGUGGUAAGGAGCAGCUUAGGAAGCCCUGUGAGAGCAGAAUUCACAACCAGCUGGAAAUUGUGAGUAAAAAGGGCCACCAAGAACCCAGGGAUGUGAUGUGGUUGGGACCUCUGCAGGCUGUGCCAAAGGGACCCAUGUGCCAGGAAUGGCAGCACACGGCGUUCACCUCUCAUUGUUAUCAUGGGGGGCUUUGCUGUCCCGUCCCCACACUGAGCAUCCCAUAGCUCCACUCUGCUUCUCCAGGAUGUCCUCUUGCUUUAGGGUUAAAGCUUCCACGGGCUGUGCAGCAACAGGAGCUGUGCAGCAACAGGAGCCACGCAUUUCUACGCUCCACUUGAGCGAUGCAGAAUUGCUGCUCCACCCCACCGAGAGCCCCAGCCUGGCAGUGCUGGAGAGCCGAGCACGGCCUCUAGAAGCAAAGGGGGGAAUCCUCCUCCCUGUGAGAUAUGGGUCCCAGGCUUGACUAGACUGGGAGUGGAGGGGAUGUGGGUGGCAGCAGGUGCUGGGGUGGCACACGGAGGGGUGACCUCCCCUGCGUGCCCAUUGCCAGGAGUUUCCAUGAUGCCAAUUCUGUCACCUUGGUGUCACCGCUGCGCUCUGAGCCCACAGGGACGUUUCCGGAGGCCAUCAACCCCCCAGUCAGAGCCACGGGGAGCCUUUGGGCAACAGACAAAGAGCACCAUGUUCCGUGUGGGCACUGGGAAAUCCCAGCUGUCGUUGGAGCUGUGGUUUUGCCUGCAAGCCCCCAGAGUUCUGCCGAAAUGAACCGAGAGCAAUGCUUUCCAAAUCUCUCCCUUUUCAGUACUGAUGUUGCAGCUUUUCAGCAACGCCAGCACUUGGCAGCAUGCUGGGAAGGCAGAGGUUGGGGCUUUCUGCAGGUGAGGUGUUGCAGAGGAUGUGCAAAGCGUCGGCUCGCCCCAGCGCUGAGCGUUUCCGCUGCGGCUCUGCCUGGCUUGGCGGGGACACGUGGAGCUGUGGCUGCCAUGAGGUGAUGGCAGCUCUGCAGCAGGAUGGCUUCAGCCAUCCGUGGCUUCUGGGUGACUUCAGUAUCCCGACAUCCGGGUGUAUCUUGGGCUUAAAACCUGCUUUUUCAUGGUCCUACACUGGGCGUUUCUGGGCAUGAAUCCUCAGCUGUUGGGUGUUUGUGAAUGGCUCUGUGCUGAUUCCUGCUUGGCCGGGAGCCACACGGGCUGCACUUCCAGCUCUGCUACAUCCCCAAAGGUCACCAUUUCCUCCUGCUAGUGACAGCACAGCGCUGGGGACAGCAGAUAUGCCUUAGUGUGGAGUGCCAGAGGUUGGCUGCAAUCCCUCGCGAGCUCAAAAAGGUGAGACUUGACCCCAUGACCCUCUAUUUUUACGCACACCAGAGCCCCGAUCCCAGUGUAGGAAGUGCUGCCCUCUCCCUGCCAUGCACCCCGCUGUCCCUGUGUCCCCAUGGGAUGGCAACCUCGUGAAGUUCCCAGCUGUGUCCCUCACCUCAGCCACCCCCCCAGGCACGCAGUGGCCGUGGCAGGAGGAAACCAUCCCUCCUUUUAUGUGCGAAGGCACGCUGGGCGGAAACGCUUGGAAAGGGCCCCGAAAGGACAUUCCAAGUCUGGCAGGAAAGCAGUCCUCUCGUCUGGCAGGAGACGGGCUAUUGUCUGUGCCGGUGACCGGAGGGAUUCCUUGAGCCCUGCUUGGAAGGAGAGAACCUGUGUGUGGUUUAUUUUUCCCCCUGCUCUCUCUCCUGGGGGUGCUCGCAGCUUGUGCCUGCGGUGCUUUCCCGCUGCUCUGUGCUGUGUGGUGUUUUCCCCUGUUGGAUUUUGUGUUUGGCUACGUUUGGUGCUUUUCCCCUGGCUUGCUGCGUGUGUGGGGAGGUGGAAGGGAAUCUAUGAACUGAUAUUUUUCUGUGUGGAAAAAGGAAAAGCAAAAAGCCGACGGCCUCUUGGCUUCGCUGGUGCGUUUGGUGAUGGGCAGAUGGAGCUGAUCCUAAAAGCCAGGCAACCCAACUCACUCCAUCAGCUGCUGGGAUGCUCUCCCGUGUCCCACUUUGUGGGAUCCCUCAGUGCUGCCAUCCCAUGGGGUGGAAUUGCCCUGGACUGAGGAGCAGGAACCCUCAGUUCUGAGCCUGGUGCAGCCUGCAGCGCAUCUCUGCUGGCGUUUUUCCUCCUUGCUGCUGUGCAGAGGAUGUCCAUGAGGAGCCCCGUUUCUCCCCACCUGGAGCUCGAUGGGGCGGGCAGCAUGGUGAACUGCAGCAUCAAGACGGAGGAGAAGAAGGAGAGUGGCUACGAGAGCCCACCGGGGGCUGCCCCCAGCACUGAGCCCCAUCCCAACGACCCCCCGGGACCACCACCAAGAGAGGGCACAGACCCCCAGGCAUUGCCACAGGAGUCCUGCUCACCCGCUGGUGAUGCGUUGGAGCCGCGGUGCUCAGCUUUCGAGCCGGCUGUCGGCAGCCAGGAGAAGCUGGACUUCAACAGAAACUUAAAAGAGGUGAUGCCAACCAUUGAGAAAUUACUCUCCAGCGACUGGAAGGAAAGGCUGCUGGGCCGAAAUGCUGCUGAGACCAAAGAAGUGAAGGGAACCCAGGAGAGCCUGGCAGAGAAAGAGCUCCAGCUGCUCGUCAUGAUCAACCAGCUGUCCACGCUGCGGGAUCAGCUCCUGACAGCCCACUCAGAGCAGAAGAACAUGGCUGCAAUGCUCUUUGAGAAGCAGCAGCAGCAGAUGGAGCUGGCGCGGCAGCAGCAGGAGCAGAUUGCGAAGCAGCAGCAGCAGCUCAUCCAGCAGCAGCACAAAAUCAACCUGCUGCAGCAACAGAUCCAGCAGGUCAACAUGCCCUACGUCAUGAUCCCUGCCUUCACCCCCAGCCAUCAGCCCCUUCCUGUGACCCAGGACCCCCAGAUAGCGCUGCCCAUCCAGCCCAUCCCCUGCAAGCCAGUGGAUUACCCCGUGCAGCUGCUGCACAGCCCUCCUCCUCCCACGUUAAAGAGACCCAGCGGCUCUGGCCACCUCCAGAUGCAGGAGACCUCGCAGCCGCUGAACUUGACGGCCAAACCCAAAGGCUCCGAGCUCCCCAGUGCCUCCAGCUCACCCAGUUUGAAGAUGAGCAGCUGCCAGUCCCUCACACCGAGCCAUGGGGCUGUGCGAGACCUGCAGAGCAGCCCGUCCAACCUGCCCUUGGGAUUCUUGGGCGAGGGCGAUGCCAUCACCAAAGCCAUCCAGGAUGCACGGCAGCUGCUGCACGGCCACAGCGGUGCCAUGGAGGGAGCACUGAGCCACCCUUACCGCAAGGACCACGUUGGCAUCGAUGCUUCCCCUGUGAAGGAGCGGAUGGAGGAGACACCCACACACCGCCUGGAUGAGACUCUGCUGAGCUGUGAGAUGGACGGAACGCGGCAUUUCCCCGAGUCCAGGAACAACAACCACAUCAAACGGCCCAUGAACGCCUUCAUGGUGUGGGCGAAGGAUGAGAGGAGGAAGAUUUUGCAGGCGUUCCCAGAUAUGCACAACUCCAGCAUCAGCAAGAUCCUGGGCUCCCGCUGGAAGUCGAUGACAAACCAGGAGAAGCAGCCUUACUACGAGGAACAAGCCCGACUGAGCCGACAGCACUUGGAGAAAUAUCCCGACUAUAAGUACAAACCCCGACCCAAACGCACGUGCAUCGUGGAGGGGAAACGGCUGCGCGUGGGGGAAUACAAAGCGCUGAUGAGGAACCGGCGGCAGGAUGCCCGGCAGGGCUAUUUGAUAGGUCCCCAAGGCAGCCAGCUGCCCCCCGGCUCCUCGGAUGUGCUGUACCCUCGGCCGGUGGGCAUGCAGCUGCCGUCCCCGCUGAUGGAGCAUUACCUGCCCCGUGGCGUGGAUCCCAGCAUGCCCGUCAUCGUCAGCGCUCGUAGCCUGAAGGAAGGUGACGGCGGAGGGGACGAUGGGCACUCGGUGGCGGAUGGUGAGAUGUAUCGCUACAGCGAGGAGGAGGACUCGGAGGGAGAGGAGAAGAGCGAUGGAGAGCUGGUGGUGCUGACAGACUGAAGGGCCGGGCGGGGGGGCAGCGGGGCUGGCUGGCACCAGGCGCUGGUGACCCCCGAUGCGGUGCGGGCAAAGAGCCAGCAGCCACAGGGAUGAGAUGAGAUGAGUGGGUGAUGGUGGGGGGUUUGGGUACGUGGCGGUGCCGUUGCUGCUGUAGGGAAUGGGGCUCUGCAGCUUGGCUGAGAGCUGAUGGCUCAGGAACCCUGCAGCCCCCAGUAAGGACCUGGGGGAAAUGGGAUAUGGGAAUCUUCCAGCUCUCUAUUCCCUACCUAUGCCACCUGCUGAUGCCUGGCCAUGGGGGCAUCCGUAAGCUCUGCUCAGCCCAGCCCUCCCCACUCCACUGCAGUUCCCCCUUGCAGCCUGCCAGUGAAUUCCCAUGGAGCCUUUUUUUAGCUCUUGCCUGACCCGAGUGCAAGCCGAGGGCACUGAGGAGCCCUUUAUGCUCCCGAUGCUCUGUCCCACUUUGUAAAUAAAGCGGGUGCUGUUCCCUGGCUGUGCCCCAGCCCUCGGGCAGCCCUGGUGCACAGCACUGCUGUGGGUCCAUGCAUCCCCAGGUGCUCACAGCUCUGCGAGCGCAAGGCUUCACCUCUGUGCAUCAUGGAAACAGCA